GUUGCCGGGCCCCAGUUGCUCGGCCGGCUCAGUGUGCCCGGCACGUCACGGCGGCCGACCAUAGGGUGCGACACGAUGCCCAAGAAGGAAGGCGCCAAGACAAGGGAGGCCAACAAGAAGGCUGAGGCCGAGGAGGCCAAAUCCCGAGCAGAAGAGGAUGCCUAUUGGUCGCAGGGAUCCAAGGACGGCAGCAAGCAAGAGGAGGAGUCUGCCUCCCUGUCCAACAAGAAGUCCACUCAGCCCGCCAAGGUCACACAGGCGCAGAUUGCACAAAACCUCAUGUUCAUGCCUCCCAAGAAGGAGAAGAAGAAGCCGGAGCCAGAGAUCGAGCGAAACAUCAAUCACCUAAGGAUGGAGGAGUCCCGCAUGCUAGCAGAGAAGGGGAUCCAGCGGAAGGAAGCAUCUGGUGUCGAUGCUGCGACCGACCUUCUCACCAACCUUAACACCGAGGACGAGAAGUCGGAUGCUCACCCAGAGAGGAGACGCAAGGCUGCAUUCAAGGCGUACGAAGAGCGCGAGAUCCCACGUAUCAGGGCUGAAAAUCCGGGCCUCAAGCUUUCUCAAAUCAAGGAGAUAAUUUUCAAGAACUGGCAGAAGUCUCCAGAAAAUCCUAUGAAUCAGGAAGCUGCAUAAGAACACAACCUCUGAUUCUUCCGUGGCGAAGGUUUCUGUUGCGGACUCUUGAAUCCCUUCUCUCAAAAAUAAAUUCUUUUCAAUC